AAGAACGAAGGCACAAGCUUUACAAAAACCGUUCUAAUCUCUGCCGAGAAUGUCAACAACAACGCAACGUUAAAUUGAGCGUGUUGGGUUUUUAUUUUCGCUUUGUCCGACACCACUUAUACAAUUACUAAGCUCUCCGGAGUAUCUCAGCGUGUGCCGGUGACGCUGUGAGGCGUCGGACCUCACUCCUAUAUAAUAGAGACCGAGGCUCACGGCCCACUAGUGCCACUGCAGGCGUCAGCGGUCAAUGUGCGUAAUCGGAAUCAGUGACAGAUAAACAAUAAACAAAAUGUACACAGUUCUCGUGCUAAGUGCGCUGUGCGUGCUUGUAGUGCAAGCUCAACUAGAGGGCGCUCUCGACUCGUUCUACAAAGAGAGAGAGAGCAUGAUUGAGGACGAGCUCGCCGCCUCGCUCGGCGGGAACCUGACCCUCAGCUCACGGGAGAUCAGCGCCAACCGGAUCCUCAUGAGGGAGAAAUACAAAGAGUUCGACUUCGCCUUCCAGAACCCCAGCCACUUCAACUUCUCCAGACUGGAUAUGACCUACAGGAACCAUAUCGGGAAGUCUCCAGUGUACAGCAUCAUGAAGAGGAUGCCGAAAGGUGCAGCCCUCCACGUCCACAGCUCUCUCAUGAUGGAUGCCGAGUACAUGAUGCAGCUCACGUACGAAGACGAUUUGUACGUGUGCAACAGUUACGGGAAAAUGAAAUUGCAGUUCGCCGAUGGGCCCCCGGCGCUGCCUUGCCCGACGUCGUGGCGGCUGCUAAGUGAAGUGAGAAAAGAGCCGGCUGAUAAAGAGCGUAUAGAUAACAUCCUCAGCAAAGAGUUCAAAAUGGAUUACAACGCCGAAGAUGAUAUUAACAAAGUGUGGGAUCGCUUCCAGAAAGCAUUCCGAGCGACCAAGAUGCUGCUCUUGUAUAGACCGGUUCGAGAGAAGUUUUUUUACGACGCUCUAAAAAAAUUCUACGACGACAACAUUUUAUACAUAGAAAUACGAAGCGGUUUGGACGAGCUUUACGAAAAGAACGGCACGGUUCACGAUAAGCUUUAUUUAGCUCGAAUGUACCAGAAAGUGGCCAGCAAGUUUGCUUCCGAGCACCCAGAUUUUAUUGGUGUAAAGACGAUACUGAGUGUAGCCCGCAAGUACAAUAUAAAGCAAGUCAGAGAUUCGCUGAACGACGCAGUUAAAUUGAAGGAAGAAAUGCCUGAUUUCAUUGCUGGAUUCGACUUAGUCGGCCAGGAAGACUUGGGCAGACCCUUAGCUGACUUCAUUCCCGCAUUGAUCGAAGUAAAAGACAAGCUAGACCUAUAUUUGCACGCGGGAGAAACCAACUGGUUCGGGACAUCAUCUGACGAGAAUAUCGUAGACGCGAUACUGCUGGGCACAAAAAGGAUAGGUCAUGGUUACGCAUUGAUAAAGCAUCCUAUCUUGAUGGACGCCGUGCGUAAGAGGGAGAUAGCUAUAGAGGUGAACGUGAUAUCUAACGUGGUGUUGAACCUAGUGGAAGAUGUGAGGAAUCACCCGUUGGCGUCGUAUCUGGCGCUAGGCCUUCCCGUGGUGCUGUCUAGUGAUGACCCUGGAGUGUGGAGUGCGGAUGCUCUGUCUGAUGACUUCUACGUAACUUUCAUGGGUGUGGCCAGUCGCAGAGCCGACAUCAGGACGCUGAAGCAACUGGCUCUGAACUCGAUAAGAUACAGUGCUCUGAGCGACGCCGGGAAAUCUGAUGCGUUGAGACUCUUCAAUGAAAAGUGGGAUAAGUUCGUGGAUGAUUUGAUAGAAUCAGAGACGACACAGUAAAUGUAUGUGAAAAAGUGUUAAUUUCUAAACAGGGUAUUAUUAUGUGUAAGUGUUCAAAUUAUUUAUUGAUAGGUUAGGAUGUAAUUUUAUUAAAUGAGGAUGUUAUGUCAUGAUGUAAGAUAGCCAUAUAACAUCAUAAAAACGACUAAUUAUGCAAUUAACAAAUAAAAAAUCAAUAGGUAUAUGAAUACCUAUAUUCCUACCGUCAUUUGAUAACAACAAUGAGACUCAGUGUUGGUCACAUUGAGUAGUAUUGUAUCAUGUCACGUACGGUCAACAAAAGAGAUACGUAGCUAUCCACUGGACGUUAAUCUAAGGUUUAACCGAAUCUUUACUUUAUUUUCACACCUAACAAUAACCGUAACAGAUACCAAGACCAAGUAUCUCUUUUGCUGACCGUACCAUCGAGAUAACCCGUUGUGCGCUACCCGUUGGGUCGUAAGACAAUACAUAAUCUACGUAUGUGUUUGUAUUUUUUUUAAUGUUUAGUCGAAAUAUGACUUUUAGAAUUUUGCUAUCGGUACAGUGCUAUCGCUCGGGUCUGAUUACGUAUUUAUAUAAUAUAAC